AUGUCGACCUUUACCGCCCUUAAUGGGGGCUCACCCAGAACCUCAGAUCCGCCUGUUGUGACUAUUGAAAAGCCUUCACCCAUGGACGAACGCCCACACAACACAGCUGCAUCUCAACCUCCACCCACGCCAGAGGUAUCAUCAAAUCAAAUUCCUCCCCAGAGUGCAGACCGGCCACCAUUCCAAUCACCUGGGUAUCCUGAUGUAGAAGGCGCUCAUAAGAGAAAGCGAUCCGAAUCUGUUGAGAUGCGUCGAGAACAUAUCGCCCACGCUCAUACACCUGAAUCCGCUCACCCUCACCAUGAAUCACGAGAACCUUAUGGUACCCCCUCAAGAGAUUAUCGUCAUUAUGGAGAUGAGCAUCGGGACAAGGAAUCCUGGUAUUCGCACCAAGCACGCGACGAACGCAGCUAUGACUCUCAACAAAACUCUGCCACCACUCCCCACGGCCAAACAGAGGAGCAGAUUGGUGAUGCGCUUCGUAGGGCUGCAGGUCAGAUGGACCAUGGUGAUUACUCCAACGGCAGCCCCGAUGGCGACGAUUCCUCUAUCAUUUAUGGCGGUCUGUACACAUCUGAGGCGAGGCGUGACGCAAUCUUGCAGCACGACUCCAAGAAACGCAAGAGGAAUUUCAGUAAUCGAACCAAGACAGGCUGCCUGACCUGCCGCAAACGCAAGAAGAAGUGCGAUGAGCAGAAGCCCGAGUGUGGAAACUGUCUCCGUGGCAGCUUUGUGUGUGCAGGAUAUCCGCCUCAGCGUGGACCGGGCUGGCAAAAGCCCGACAACAAGGCCGCAGCAGUUCCACUUGAAUCCAAAGAUCCAACAUACAUUCCUCCUGGAGCUUACGGAAUGCCGCAGCAAAGUCCUUAUGGUAGUCAACCGGUGAAGCGCGAAUCCCUGCCGCCUUAUCGCGGCCAGGCCCUCCGAAUUGACCCCCCACAAGGCCGCCCUUUGAUGACCGACGACGACCGGCCAACAGCAUCAACACUGCCCAGCGCGUCUGUUGCCAGUCCUGAAAGUAAACUCCCUGCUUUGCCUUAUACUCCCGCAAACGUUUUCCCAACUCCAGUCAGCGCAAACCCUCAACCGCCACCACCACCUUUUGGAGAAAGAAUGGCGAAAGAAUAUCAGCGUGUGCCUCCGCUGCACGAUCUUAGCAGAACGGAGCCCGAGUCAUCUCAUCUUGGAAACCAGCUGCCACAGAUUAACAUUCUACAUCCAACGAGAACCAGCAGUCCGGCUCCUCCCCCACCUGCGCCGACCUCCAACGCCCAGGUUGCCGCUCAGCUGGCUCUAUCACACUCUCAGUUCCCUCAGAGACGGACCCAGAAGGAGGAGAUGUUGUCGGGGCGACACUAUUAUCCUUUUGACAAAGAGCUUUGCCUGGAGCGUGAACGCUGCUCUACCGCUUGCUGGAGAUUCAACAACCUUACUAGUCCCCCUACCCACGGCGUAUCUCCCGAUGAGCGCGCUCGCUUGUUCCUCGAAAUCCUGCAGCCCCGCGACCCGGUUCGAGUUUCUCCCACCGAAGCUUCCCCCGUUACCAAUGUUGGUCGCGUUGGCCGACAUGUUGCCGUCGAAACACCUUUCAUUUGUGAUUACGGUUAUAACAUCACCAUCGGCCACCACGUUGUGAUCGGGCGCAACUGUACCAUCAAUGACGUAUGCGAGGUCAACAUUGGCGAUAACUGCGUAAUUGGUCCAAAUGUCAGCAUAUUUACCGCGGGGCUGCCCAUCGAUCCAAAGAAGCGUCAAGGCGGACAAGGUCCACAGGUUGGUAAACCUAUCAUCAUUGAACAGGACUGCUGGAUUGGUGGAGGUGCAAUCAUUCUUCCUGGAAGGACCAUUGGCAAGGGCAGCACUGUCGGUGCUGGGUCGAUUGUCACCAAGGAUGUUCCCCCCUUCACCAUUGUAGCUGGAAACCCUGCCAGGGUUCUUCGCGGCAUCGCUUCUUAA